UGUUAAAUCAUAUUUAGUUGACUAAACAGCAAAGAAAAUAUUAAGACGUAAAUCAUUAACAACUAAAAUACUUCAGUUUCUUUUUCACAACAAAAGUGUCUAUAAUGUUGGGUUCAAAUCGUAAAAUAUUAUCCAGUUAUAAAUCUGCAAGUUGUUUAAUAAGACAUUAUGCAGCAGCUGUACCGAAGGCAGAACCAAAAUUUGAGAAGUCCUCGCAGAAAGCAAACCAAUCCUUUAUGGCUAACAUAUUUCGUGGAAGUUUAAUUUCGUCACAAGUGUUCCCCUAUCCGGACGUUCUUACGAGUGAUGAAAAGGAACUCGUAAAUAGUUUUAUACCACCAUUUGAAAAAUUCUUUUUGGAAGUUAAUGACGCGGCAAAAAAUGAUGAAAAUGCGAAAAUUGAUGAUGCCACUUUAAAUCAAUUAUGGGAAUUGGGUGCUUUCUGUAUCCAGGUACCAAGCGAUUACGGUGGUCUUGGCCUCAACAAUACGCAAUAUGGCAGACUUUGCCAAAUAGUUGGAGCUAAUGACUUAGGAUUAGGAAUUACUAUUGGCGCACAUCAGAGUAUCGGUUUUAAAGGAAUUUUACUAUAUGGAAAUCCCGAACAGAAAGCCAAGUAUUUGCCCGCCGUUUCGACAGAGAAGGUAUAUGCAGCCUUUGCUUUAACAGAACCUAGUGCUGGAUCUGAUGCUGGCUCUAUAAAAUGUAAAGCAGUUAAAAGUUCUGAUGGAAAGCAUUACGUACUAAAUGGAUCAAAAAUUUGGAUUUCAAAUGGUGGAAUCGCGGAUAUUAUGACGGUGUUUGCCCAAACCGAAAUACAGGACAAAGAAACUGGAGAAAAGAAAGAAAAGGUCACAGCCUUUAUCGUUGAAAGGUCGUUUGGCGGCGUCACGAAUGGGCCACCCGAGAAAAAGAUGGGUAUAAAAGCAUCCAAUACUGCUGAAGUUUAUUUUGAAGAUGUGAAAGUUCCUACUGAAAAUGUGUUGGGUGAAGAAGGCGACGGCUUUAAAGUUGCUAUGAAUAUAUUGAAUAACGGAAGAUUUGGUAUGGGCGCGACGCUGGCAGGAACAAUGAAACAUUGUAUAAGUAAAGCAGUCGAUCACGCAAACAACAGGUUACAGUUUGGUAAAAAGCUAAACGAAUAUAUGGGCAUACAGGAAAAAAUUGCACAAAUGAGUAUGCUUCAAUACGCCACCGAGUCAAUGGCAUUUAGUAUAUCACAAAAUAUGGAUGCAGGAAGUCAAGAUUAUCAUUUGGAAGCAGCUAUAUCCAAAAUCUUUGCUUCGGAAUCAGCGUGGCAUGUUUGCGAUGAAUCUAUACAAAUUCUAGGAGGCAUGGGUUUUAUGAAAGAUACCGGAUUAGAACGUGUGAUGAGAGAUUUAAGAAUCUUUCGAAUUUUUGAGGGUACAAAUGAUAUUUUAAGAUUAUUUGUUGCGCUUACUGGAAUUCAGUAUGCUGGCUCUCACCUAAAGGAGUUGCAAAACGCUUUCAAACAUCCAACAGCUAACUUGGGUCUUAUAUUUAAAGAAGCCUCACGUCGAGCCGCUUCGUCAGUGGGUAUUGGAGGAACUGAUCUCAGUCCAUAUGUAGCCUCAGAACUGCAAUUACAUGGGAAACGUGCAGGCGAAUGCAUUGACUUGUUUGGUAAAACUGUUGAAAGCCUUCUAAUUAAGUAUGGAAAAAGUAUCAUUGGCGAGCAAUGUAUUUUAAAUCGCCUGGCCGACUCUGCCAUUGACAUUUAUGCAAUGGUAGUAACUUUAUCACGUGCUAGCAGAGCAGUACAUAAAAAUAUACCUACCGCUGAACAUGAGUUGAACUUAACUAAAGCCUGGUGCUCUCAGGCUUCCGAAAGAUGUAAACUGAACCUUAAACACGCCACUUCAGGUGAACGCUUAAAUUUGUACAAAGAAAUGGCGGUUCUUGCUAAAAGUGUUUUUGAAAAUGGCGGAGUAAAGACAACACAUGUGUUGGAUCAAAAUUAAAUAGAUUUUUGUUAU